CGGAUUCAGCGCCUCCAAACAGGCUUAGGGCUCUUUUGAAAUGCGGGAGGCUCCUUCACUCUUGUAUAAACAGAAACCAGCUGUAACACCAGGUCAGGGCGCAUUAAAAUGAGCCACUUUGAACGAGCGGCGCCCAGGCCCCAGGCCCUGCUGUGAAGGCCCCGGCCGAGGUCAGGACUCGGUCCGCGUGACGUGCCUUCCUACGCGGGUCCGAGCCAGGCUGUGCCGCAGCUAAGGUAUCUGCGCUCCUAAAACAACAGGAAUGUUGCACUGGCCUUCAGCCAGCGGAGGCUCAGCGAGCAGGAUAAAAUUUCAGUGCAGAUUUACGGGAAGUUGCCGGUGUUGGGAGUAAAAAUCUGGUUUGGUGAGACAGUGUGUCUACAGCUCAGAGACCGGACCCUUGCCCAGGGAAGAAGGACUUCCACCAGGAUUGCUCAGUGACCUUAGAUUAGAGGCGGCAAGUGUGACGUUUACAGGCCAGGUAACAGCGGAAUUAGAAGGAUACCUGGCACCAGGUCACCCAGCAGAGCUCAGCGAUCCCUUGGCUUUCCGAGGACGUUUGGAUCGGCCUCAAAGGGCACUCCAAAAAUUGAACGGACAACUCUCAAGCAAGCUGCCUGAAUUUACCUGUCCAGCAUCUUCUAAAGGAACAGACCUAUCGAAUUGGUGGCUCUUGGUUUCCACCAGCUGUGGAUGCCUUUGACAUUAUGACCGCAGAGGAUUCCACCGCAGCCAUGAGCAGCGACCCAGCCGCAGCCUCCUCGGAGAAGGUACCCGAGGGCGUGGCGGGCGCGCCCAACGAGGCCUCGCUGCUGGCGCUUAUGGAACGCACCGGCUACAGCAUGGUGCAGGAGAACGGGCAGCGCAAGUAUGGCGGCCCGCCCCCCGGCUGGGAGGGCCAGCACCCGCAGCGCGGCUGCGAAGUCUUCGUGGGCAAGAUCCCUCGCGACGUGUAUGAGGACGAGCUGGUUCCCGUGUUCGAGACAGUGGGCCGCAUCUACGAGCUGCGCCUCAUGAUGGACUUCGACGGCAAGAACCGUGGCUACGCCUUCGUCAUGUACUGCCACAAGCACGAGGCCAAGCGCGCGGUGCGCGAGCUCAACAACUACGAGAUCCGCCCGGGCCGCCUGCUAGGCGUGUGCUGCAGCGUGGACAACUGCCGCCUCUUCAUCGGUGGCAUCCCCAAGAUGAAGAAGCGCGAGGAGAUCCUGGAGGAGAUCGCCAAGGUCACCGAGGGCGUGCUCGAUGUGAUCGUCUAUGCCAGCGCUGCGGACAAGAUGAAAAACCGCGGCUUCGCCUUUGUGGAGUACGAGAGCCACCGCGCCGCGGCCAUGGCGCGCCGCAAGCUCAUGCCCGGCCGCAUCCAGCUGUGGGGCCACCAGAUCGCCGUGGACUGGGCCGAGCCUGAGAUCGACGUGGACGAGGACGUGAUGGAAACCGUGAAGAUCCUCUAUGUGCGCAACCUCAUGAUCGAGACCACCGAGGACACCAUCAAGAAGAGCUUUGGCCAGUUCAACCCCGGCUGCGUGGAGCGCGUCAAGAAGAUCCGCGACUACGCCUUCGUGCACUUCACCAGCCGCGAGGACGCAGUGCACGCCAUGAACAACCUCAACGGCACCGAGCUGGAGGGCUCGUGCCUGGAGGUCACGCUGGCCAAGCCGGUGGACAAGGAGCAGUACUCCCGCUACCAGAAGGCAGCCAAGGGCGGAGGCGCAGCGGAGGCGGCAGCUCAGCAGCCCAGCUACGUGUAUCCCUGCGACCCCUACACACUGGCCUACUACGGCUACCCCUACAAUGCUCUGAUCGGGCCCAACCGGGACUACUUCGUGAAAGCAGGCAGCAUAAGAGGCCGAGGGCGAGGUGCAGCUGGCAACAGAGCCCCCGGACCCAGGGGUUCCUACCUCGGGGGAUAUUCUGCUGGCCGCGGUAUAUAUAGCCGAUAUCAUGAAGGGAAAGGAAAGCAGCAAGAAAAAGCAUAUGAACUUGUGCCGAAUUUGGAAAUCUCUGCUGUCAAUCCAGUUGCCAUUAAACCUGGUACAGUGGCCAUCCCUGCCAUCGGGGCCCAAUAUUCCAUGUUUCAGGCAGCCCCAGCCCCUAAAAUGAUUGAAGAUGGCAAGAUCCACACAAUGGAGCACAUGAUCAGCCCCAUCGCUGUGCAGCCAGACCCAGCCAGUGCUGCCGCCGCCGCUGCUGCUGCCGCAGCCGCUGCUGUCAUUCCUGCAGUAUCAACGCCGCCACCUUUCCAGGGCCGCCCAAUAACCCCCGUGUACACGGUGGCUCCGAACGUUCCAAGAAUUCCCACUGCCGGCAUCUACGGGGCCAGUUACGUUCCAUUUGCUGCACCGGCCACGGCCACCAUCGCCACACUACAGAAGAAUGCUGCCGCCGCCGCUGCCAUGUACGGAGGGUACGCUGCGGGCUACAUACCUCAGGCCUUCCCGGCUGCUGCUAUUCAGGUCCCCAUUCACGACGUCUACCAGACCUACUGAGGCUGGUGACAGGCGCAAUGGCCAGCCACAAACAUCGCUGCAGGAACACUGUACAAUUUAUGAAGAAAGGACCAUGUUGGAUUCGCGCACAUGUGAACCGUGACAGUGAAGAAUGUUAUCGAAUAUCAAAUAUCACCUGAAAUAUUUUAUACACAUGAAGUUUUCACUAGUUUUUUUUAAGACUGUCCUCAACUGAGCAGGCCUGUGUUCGUACAUUUCUCAGAGACUCGCAGGGGUCUGUGCCUUAAUACCAUCUUUUAAAAAAACUUGUCCGCCGAAUGACAUUUGUAUAGAGGUUUUGUGUUGUUCUGUUUUUUAAGGAUAUAUUUUUCAGUAUGAAGGUUAUUUUCUUAACUUCUGCACUCCGGAGAGUUCUAUUUUGUGGUACCUUCCAUAGUAGACCAGCUGGCUGUUUAAAAAGCACCCUCGAGCAGCUGGAGAACUGUUUUGAAAAAAUAUAUUCACUAUUUAAAGAUGCAAACAAUUGUGCUUUGAAAUACUACACCAAGCAUUAUUUUAAAGGUGAUACUGGAAAGUGCAAUUUUAAUAUGAGUAAAACCUCUGCUGUAUUUCCACUGGCAUUAAGGGUUGACGGUGUUACCAUGUGUUACCAUGAUGCUUCUGUUUUUGAAAAGAAAUCGGAACACUCAAUUUCUCCUCAGGCCAACAUGGAAAUGACUCGUCACACUCUGAGUCCAAACACUGGAAAGCUGUACCUGUCACCAUUACCUUGGGUUGUUUCUCCAUGUGCCUCGAUUAUUAAACAUGCCCCUCCCAUCCCACCUCACCCCAGUCCCCAUCCCUAGUCCAGCUUCAAAGUUUGGCAAUUCUAGGACGCAUGAAGAACUCUAUAGAGAAAACAACUGGUGGCUUUUGUACUUCUCCCUGGGUUUUUAAUGGGCUUCUUUGUUUUGUUGUACUGUUUUGUUUUGUUUUGGUUGGGGAGGUAUUAUCUUCUACAUGUGCUCUUUUCAGUAGCAGAGUACGUGUAAGCACCGGGUUUUAAUAUUAUGUUUGCAUAAGACAUCUUCGCAUAGCUAUUUAAUUGUCCAGGAUAAAACUUUAAUUCCCUUUCUGAUGUUUUUAUUUUAUUCCUUUUUGAAGUAUGGGUUUUUAGAGACAAAGAAUGUAUGUUGUUGUGGACAAGAUCCCAAAGACUCUUGUCAGCAGAAAGUUAAGCCUCUAGUUGCCUUAUCAUGUUUCAUGCAAAAUGCUGUGGUCACCGACGGUGUUGGGAACGUUAUGCUUGUUGAAAAGGGCUUUCCUCCUUAGCUGUGCACUCGGUGGCUGAGCUGAAGUGCAGCCCGCAUAUCCAGGAGGAGAGACCUGAAGGAGUUUUAUAAAAGUUUGUAAAUAUCUUCUCAUGCUGACUUUUUAGUCUUUUUAUGUUGCUGAAGUUCACGGUAUAGAGUUUAAUGCAAAGUGAAACCAUUUUAUUUCAAUGUUAUUAAAAAGAUUUGCUUUAUUAGGAAGUAAA